AAGAAGCUCUUUAUCUAGUCAAACCACUAUUUUAUGGUCAGCUGUAGCUUUUAAAGUGACUUUUAUUGGAUGACACCUCACGCUUUUCGAGUCUAAAAUUGCUGCUUUCCUAUAGAUUACUUAAACGAGUUUAUUUUAAGGGGGAAGUGAAACGCCACUGUACGAAACUACAUUACCCGUAAUGCAGCUCGGUAUGACCGACGUACUGUCGUGAAUUUAAACUGCUAAUACGUCGGUCACCGACUCUCAACAGUCGUGAAAACACCUGGACAAACUUGGAUGUUUCUAUCGGUUAAUGUUUUGUUAGUUUUUGUAAGACUGUUAUGCAGUUUCAGCACCGGGCAGAGUGGAGUUUGUGGGGCGGAUUAUUCGACUGUGAAAAUGCCGCUUUAUGUCAGUUAGCGCCGCAAUGCUAGUUAAGCUAACUUUUUGCUAACAACUCGUUUGAUCAUUUUCAUUCUGUAGCUUUUCAGAUUUGCUCUUCAAAUAUGAAUUAAACGCACCCGGUUCGUUGCGAGGAUGCUGUAUUUGCUAUAUUAGCUAUUUAAACAAACAAAAAAAUAGUCUUAUAACGGUUCCGCCCAAGCAGGAAAGAUUCAGUUGAGGAAACCAUGACACUCGCUCCGAAAGAACUGUCCAACCUGCUGAGCAUCAUCUCGGAAGAGGCUUGCACCAACUCCUUCGAAAGCCUCUCCACUCACUUUCAUCAUUACUUCGGGAAAGCGGAGCACUUCAGGGUCGGCUCGGUGUUGGUGAUGCUUCUGCAGCAACCGGACCUGCUGCCCAGCUCCUCGCAGCGGCUCAUCGCCCUCUACCUGCUGUGGGAGAUGUACCGCACCGAGCCACUGGCCGCUAACCCUUUCGCCGCUGUUUUCGCGCACCUGCUGAACCCCGCACCUGCCGGAGAGGAACAGGAGAAGGUGCUGUCCGGCUUCCUGCCUCCCAUCACCCAACCUGAGAAGUUCUUCCUGUCCCAACUGAUGUUGGCACCUCCCAGGGAUCUCUUCAAAAAGACACCCAGACAGGUGUCCUGCAUGGAUGUUGGCAACAUGCCCCAGUCUGUAGACAUCAGCGGGUUGCAGCUAGCGUUGGCAGAGCGUCAGUCAGAGUUGCCCACUCAGAGUAAGGCCAGUUUCCCAAGCAUUCUCAAUGAUCCAGACCCAGACUCAUCCAACUCAGGAUUCGACAGCUCUGUGGCCAACCAGAUCAUCGAGUCUCUGGUCACAGGCCCACGCCCUCCCCUGGAAAGUCACUUCCGCCCUGAGUUCAUCCGGCCGCCGCCUCCUCUCCACGUGUGUGAGGACGAGCUGGCGUGGCUGAACCCCACCGAGCCAGAUCACAGCAUCCAGUGGGAUCGCUCCAUGUGUGUGAAGAACAGCACCGGCGUGGAGAUCAAACGCAUCAUGUCCAAGGCCUUCAAGAGCCCGCUGUCUGCACAGCAGCAAUCACAGCUGCUGGCUGAGCUGGAGAAGGACCCGAAGCUGGUUUACCACAUCGGUCUGUCUCCGGUGAAGCUGCCUGACCUGGUUGAGAACAACCCGCUGGUGGCCAUCGAGAUGCUGCUAAAGCUGAUGCAGAGCAGCCAGAUCACAGAAUAUUUCUCAGUGCUGGUCAACAUGGACAUGUCGCUGCACUCCAUGGAGGUCGUCAACAGGUUGACCACAGCUGUGGAUUUGCCUCCUGAGUUUAUCCACCUCUACAUCUCUAACUGCAUCUCCACCUGUGAGCAAAUCAAAGACAAAUACAUGCAGAAUCGUCUGGUCCGUCUGGUCUGUGUCUUCCUGCAGUCGCUCAUCCGGAACAAGAUUAUCAAUGUUCAGGACCUCUUCAUCGAGGUUCAGGCUUUCUGCAUCGAGUUCAGCCGCAUCCGCGAGGCCGCCGGCCUCUUCCGCCUCCUCAAGACUCUGGACACUGGAGAAAACCCCACUGAGGCCAAACCUGCCAAAUAAUACUCGUCAUAGAUGCUACACGGGCGGGACUGAAGCAGCGGCUAAACGAGGACGGUUUGCUCUAAUGCACACUCGUAGUGUCCCUGUACAUCACAGAAGGAGAAGACUGUGCAGCUCAGAGGAAAUACUGUAAAUAUGUUAUGAAGUCCUUCAAAUUUGAGUCAUUUCUCUAUAUGCUCAUCUUCUACAGUCCAGGUCUGCCUGAAGGACAGCAGCAUUUCCUUUUUUCCCAGUGCUCUCCCCUUUGGAAAAUGAAACCUCCUGAGUUUGUUUCAUUAAAGAGAUCGUUUAUUUGA